AUGACAGGGUUCAGCGGAACUGUAGAGAAAUGCAAAGCUUGCGAUAAGACCGUUCACUGCGUCGAAUUGGUAUCAGCUGAUGGGGUUUCUUAUCAUAAAACCUGCUUCAAAUGCAGUCACUGCAAUGGACUUCUUAAGAUGGGGAACUAUUCAUCAAUGGAUGGAGUUUUAUACUGCAAACCUCAUUUUGAGCAGCUUUUCAAGGAGACUGGUUGUUUCACCAAGAACUUCCAAUCAUCCUUGAAGUCCGAUAGACCAAAUGGACUGGCCAGGGCUCCUAGCAGACUUUCUUCUAUGUUUUCUGGCACACAAGACAAAUGUGCAUUCUGCAAGAAAACUGCAUACCCACUAGAGAAGGUGACAGUGGAAGGAGAAUUCUACCAUAAAUCAUGCUUCAGGUGUUCUCAUGGGGGUUGCUUCUUGAACCCAUCUUCAUAUGCAGCUCUUGAUGGGAUCCUUUACUGCAAGCCCCACUUCUCUCAAUUGUUCAAAGAGAAAGGCAGCUACACUCAUCUUACCAAGACUGCUUCGAUGAAGAAAAAUACACCACCUUUGGCUGACCAAAAACCAGAAGCAGAAGUGAUGCCAGAACCAGAACAAGAAGCAACAAACAGUACUGAUGUAGCAAUAACACAAGAACAAUAGUAGAUAUAUUGUGCAUUGUUGCUAGUCUUUCAUUUUUCUCAUGAAUUCUUUCAAAAUCUUUUAUGUUCUGUAAUUGGUUAUGGCUCCUCAUUGGGAAGGAAAAUAAAGAUUUCACUUUUUUUUAAAAAAAAUAAAUUUCAUAGACCUCAUUGUAUUAGGUUACCCAAUAAAUUGAGUAACUAAGGCCCAUAGGCACUCGGGACCACAUAAAGGUGGAAUACAACAUAAGGACUAAAAAAACAAGAGCAAAGUAAUAAAACACAAACACUAAACUGGAUAUCGCCAGACAUUGCUGUACACCAAUGGAUAACACCACACACCGCCAAACCAUUGUCCAAUGGGUCGACUCUACCAGGCUAAGCCAGGUAACAAAUAUUGAACAUAAAAAAACACAGAUUACAACUUGGAUCUACAAGAGAGGCCAAACUUCAUCUGCGACAGAUGGAGGAGAUCGAAAUUUGGAGAAGAAAAACCUGCAAAAUCCUUAUUCAAACACAAAAACAUAACAAAAUAAAACAGAUCUAGAUGAAGAAAGGACAUAUCUAACCCAUAGGAUGAAAAGAAGAGGGGGAGAGAAGCAGAGAAGAGGAGAUGGA